CAAACAUACAGCAGCACACCGGUAGCCCAUCACUGGCCAUAGUGCCUUUAUCUACAUUUUGACCUCCUCACUUGCCUAGGCUCAAUGGACCAGUCUCACGAGGCUUACAACUCAUCGCCCUUCAGUGCUCCUAUUCCCGCAUUCGCCGAACCGCUUGCUCCUUACCUCAAAAGCCGCCAGGAGGCCCUCCGUAUCCGCCAAGCUCUUACUGCCUACGUUCGUUCGCACAUCAUAUUCGCUGAAAAUGAUCCUGACGAUCCCGAUUUUCAUGCUAAAUCGCACCUCACACUAUCUGUGCCCCAUGAUGCAGUUGUCGGGGUGAAGCGCAUCCCACCGGAGAUAACUGGGCUACGGAGGGAAUACUUGGAGGCGUUACAAGCCAAUGUUGACGCGAGAAAAGGGUACCAGGCAGCUCUAGACAAGCAUACUACGUUCAGCUCGGAACGACAGCAGACGGCAGCCUCGAAACCUCGAAGUGAUCCUUCUCUGGACUUGGCUGAAUAUGUGAAGCUCCUCCGCGACCGUCGCCAGAAUGCCAAGCUCCAAGUAUUUCAACGCUAUCUGCAGGAGCUCAAAGAACGGAAUAGAAGAAGAGCCGAGAGUUUCGUGGAUAUUGGCAAAAGACCUGAGGUAAUAGUGCCACCCGAGAUGCUGUGCGAGGAAAGUCGAUCGUCGUCCGACGCAGGAGAUAGUGUUGAGGACUUAAUGCACAGACUGGAGAAGGCAGUGAUUCGAGCGAAGACCCACUUUGACAGGGAGAAGGAGCUAUUGGAGGAAUUGAAGGAACAAAGAGCCCUCGACGAAGAUCCCUUGCCUGACAGCACGCCAGCUGCCAAAGCGACUGCCUUGCAACGAACACGUGAUGAGCUGGUUUAUUGGGUAGAGGAGAAAUUGGUCAGUGCUGGCAGUCACGAAGACAGUGGAUCCAGGCCGGAUCUGGCCCCCGAAGACCUCGAGGAGUCCGUACGCCUAUUCGAGGAACAGAAAGCGGAGGUUGCAAAAAAAUAUGCCGAGUAUGUCGAUGCUCGCAAGGCAGUUCUAGACGCUGCUUCCAGAGCCUGCCAACCUAUUGCCGUACCGUCUGCGCCCCCUUCAAGUCGCCCAACGAGCAUUAUCCAGAGGAAAGAUGCGUCGCAGGAGCCGCAGUCUUUAGGUCCAAUGGAUGUACUUCCUUAUGCGGAGAAAAAUCUACUCCCGCUUUUGAAAAGCCAACGCGCACUUGCCCUACAAAAGUUCUAUCUGGCCGGCCUACUCGGCAAGGAGAAAGCUACAAGCCUCCGUAUGCUUAAUCGUCUGAGGGACGAGAGCCAUCUUCUUCCAGAAUUCCCAAUUGUCGCCAAUCAGCCGCGAUCCAAUCGCGCAGCAGCGGCCUUGUCUUCCCGUCAUGUUCCCCAAUUUCCCGAGCCUAACAAAAAGGAUGAGGUGAUUGCGCUGGCUGAUGCAUGGGCGUUUGCUUCCGAUGAAGCAGGAAUCUGCGAAGAUGAGUUUGUGGGAGAGAAGUUGACCGAAGGAUGUGAAUCAGCCCAGAAAGCAAAGCAGGCAUUAGAUGCGGUUUGUCGCUCGCUUAAUCAGGAUACCGAGAGUACACUGCCGGGAAAUUCGAAAGGGAAACAGGGAAUGGGCGAUGUUUGGCCAUCGGAAGCACGAAUGACUAGAUCUCGAACAAAGUUAGAGCGGAGUGAACCACAACGCAAGGGCCCAUGGGCUGGAUUGAACGGCGCCGAGGCGGGGAAGAACCAGUCGUGCAAGCGAGCCCAAGCCGGCAAGCGGAGACCAGAAGAGCAUUGA